AUGAGCCAAGAACAACCAAGGAGGGAAGAAGCUGAGCAAGAGCAUGAGUCCAUUAAACCUGAAGAGAAUGUGAAAGAUGUUCAAGAAUCAUCACUUGCUAGAAAGAAAGCUGCUGCUGAAUCUAUUGGUGGACAGGUACAUGAAAAAGACAGAAAACAAGUAAGCUCAGAAUCAGUCUCAGGAAGAGCAAACAUUACCAUUGGUGAAGCCCUUGAAGCCACUGUUGUGACAGCUGGAAGCAGGCCGGUUGAUUACAGUGACGCGGCAGCCAUACAGGCAGCAGAAGUGAGAGCCACUGGACGUACCAACAUCAUCCCUGGUGGAGUUGCUGCUGCUGCUCAAUCAGCUGCUACUCGCAAUGCUAGACUUACCAAAGAGGAGGAAAAAACUAAACUGGCUGAAAUCCUCGCGGAAGCAAGUUCAAAGUUACCGUCAGAUAAGCCAGUGACACGCAAAGAUGCAGAGGGAGUGAUUGGUGCAGAACUGAGGAAUGAUCCAAACUUGUGCACCCGUCCUGGUGGUGUUGCUGCUUCUAUUGCUGCUGCUGCAAGGCUCAACCAAACUAACAGUACUUCUAGCACAAAGAAUAACGAUAACAAUCUCAAACAAAAACAAAACUAGGAUGAGAGUAAACUACUGUUAUAUCUAAUCCUUCAAACCUGUCCUGUCUCUCAGCUCCGCCUCUUUAAAUCUUUCUCUUCUUGUUUUCUUUUUCUCUUUUGAAGACAUUAACACA